UUCUCCUUUGACGCAAGGACGUGGACAGGAACAAUAAUGGGACUCGCCGCCCUUUGUGGGGCAGUGUUGCAGAGGCUGUAAUGUAUGAAUACCGUAAGGAAUAACAAUGCCCGUACAGAGCCUGCCAGUCCGGGAUGGGUCCUUUCAUUUCCGUCUGCUCCAGCAGUACUUGAUCCUCCUGAAAAAAUACCCGAUCCUCACGAAAUCUGUAACCAGUGGGAUCCUGUCCGCUUUAGGAAAUCUACUUUCACAGUACUUGGAAGGCAGAAAAAAGACCAAAAGUGGAGGUCCAGUUGAUGAGAUCGAUGUGGCUGGAGCCACACGAUAUGCCAUCUUUGGGUUGAUUAUCACUGGGCCAGUGAGCCAUAUCUUUUACCAGCUGAUGGAGGUGUGGAUGCCAACCACUGACCCGCUCUGCAUCGUCAAACGACUGCUACUGGACCGACUCAUCUUUGCUCCUGGCUUCCUGCUCCUUUUCUACCUUGUUAUGAACAUCCUGGAGGCUAAAGGCUGGGAUGAUUUCCAGAAGAAGAUGAGAAAAAGUUACUGGACUGCUCUGAAGAUGAACUGGAAAGUCUGGACUCCUUUCACAUUUAUAAACAUAAACUUUGUGCCUGUUCAGUUUCGAGUGCUCUUCGCCAACAUGAUUGCCUUAUUCUGGUAUGCCUACCUUGCCACUGUGAGGAAAUGAUGCUUCUUUGAGGACUAACCAGAUGCAAGCAACUUCCAUAUAUGGCUGGAAGAUUCUUUACAUGAAGUUGCACUGGUGAUUACUGGGAUACUGCUUUAAAACGCUAGAAUUAAAAAGAAUAACAGAGUAUUUUUUUACGCUUUGUUUUGCAGGGACCUGUAUAAAAAAAAAACUCGAGAAAGUUUAAAAUUCUGACAUUUUUUACAUAAGCUGAGAUAACUAGGGGUUGUUUUUUUUUGUUACCUUUAAUGAGCUUUACCUACUGAUCUGAACAAGUGAAGAAAUAAAAUACAAAAGAGA